AUGGGCAUUUGUCUGAAAAAAGGCCAAUGGCUGUGGCUUCUGUAUGUUUUGCUGAUACAUAUUGUAAUUGUAAUUAAUAACAUUGAAGCGAUCAGUCCUGAUGGCGAGGCACUUGUCAGCUUCAGGACAACAAUUAUUAACUCUGAUGGUAUCCUGGUACAGUGGAGGCCUGAGGAUCCUGACCCAUGUAAAUGGAAAGGAGUGAAAUGUGAUCCAAAAACAAAGAGAGUGACACAUCUGAUUCUAUCACACCAUAAGUUAAGUGGGUCUUUAUCACCUGACCUUGGGAAGUUAGAUCAUCUGAAAGUUCUUGCUCUUCAUAACAACAACCUUUAUGGGAUAAUUCCACCAGAAUUGGGAAAUUGCACAGAAUUGCAGGGAAUCUUUUUACAGGGUAAUUACCUUAGUGGAAUAAUUCCAAGUGAAAUAGGAAAUCUCUCGCAGCUUCAAAAUUUGGAUAUAUCAAGCAAUUCCCUUGGAGGGAAUAUUCCAGUUUCAAUUGGAAAGUUGUAUAAUCUAAAAAAGUUCAAUGUAUCGACCAAUUUUCUGGUCGGACCAAUACCUUCUGAUGGUGUCCUUGCCCACUUUACAGAAAGCUCGUUUGUUGGAAACCGAGGUUUGUGUGGAGUACAAAUUGAUUCAACAUGUAAAGAUGAUGGUUCGCCUGGGGAAAAACCUUCAGACCAAAAUCCAAAUGCAAAGAAGAAAUAUUCUGGCCGACUUCUCAUCAGUGCAUCAGCAACUGUGGGCGCACUACUUUUGGUGGCACUUAUGUGCUUCUGGGGUUGUUUUCUAUAUAAAAAGUUUGGUAAAAACGAUAGAGUUAGUCUUGCAGUGGAUGUUGGUCCAGGUGCAUCGAUAGUGAUGUUUCAUGGAGACCUACCAUAUUCUUCCAAAGACGUUAUUAAGAAACUAGAGACAUUAAAUGAGGAACAUAUAAUAGGAGUAGGGGGAUUUGGAACUGUUUAUAAGCUUGCAAUGGAUGAUGGGAAUGUAUUUGCAUUGAAAAGGAUUGUAAAGAUGAACGAGGGCUUUGAUAGAUUUUUUGAGAGGGAGCUUGCAAUUCUUGGUAGCAUCAAACACCGUUAUUUAGUGAACUUACGUGGAUAUUGCAACUCACCUACCUCAAAGUUGUUAAUAUAUGACUACCUACCUGGUGGUAGUCUUGAUGAAGUUCUUCAUGAAAGAUCUGAGCAACUAGACUGGGAUUCACGGUUGAAUAUAAUCAUGGGAGCUGCAAAAGGGCUCGCGUACUUGCACCAUGAUUGUUCACCUAGGAUCAUACACCGAGACAUAAAAUCAAGCAACAUUUUACUCGAUGGAAAAUUGGAUGCUCGGGUUUCUGAUUUUGGACUUGCCAAACUUCUAGAAGAUGAAGAAUCUCACAUCACUACUAUUGUUGCUGGAACAUUCGGUUAUCUAGCUCCAGAGUAUAUGCAAAGUGGCAGAGCAACCGAGAAGACAGAUGUUUAUAGUUUUGGGGUGUUGACACUUGAAGUGCUUAGUGGGAAACGGCCAACAGAUGCAUCAUUCAUUGAAAAGGGUCUCAAUAUUGUUGGUUGGUUGAAUUUCCUUAUUACCGAAAAUAGGCCGAGGGAAAUUGUGGAUCUACUAUGCGACGGGGUGCAGGUGGAGAGCCUUGAUGCUUUGCUCUCUGUGGCUAUUCAGUGUGUUUCCUCAAGUCCAGAGGAUCGACCCACUAUGCACCGAGUGGUCCAGUUGCUCGAAUCGGAGGUCGUAACUCCAUGCCCAAGUGACUUCUAUGACUCGGACUAG